AUGUCGACCAAGCCGCAGACCCAGAAGAAGCCCGGCCGCUCCGCCAUCGAGGAUGUGGUCGCCCGCGAAUACACCAUCCACCUGCACAAGCGAGUCCACGGUGUCAGCUUCAAGAAGAGAGCGCCUCGCGCCAUCAAGGAGAUCCGCUCAUUCGCCGAGAAGGCCAUGGGCACCACCGACGUCCGCCUCGACCCUCAGUUGAACAAGAAGGUCUGGGAAGCCGGCAUUAAGGGUGUCCCAUUCCGCCUCCGUGUCCGCAUCUCGCGUAAGCGUAACGACGAGGAGGGUGCCAAGGAGAAGCUUUACUCUUACGUUCAGGCCGUCAACGUCAAGAACCCCAAGGGUCUGCAGACCGCUGUCGUCGAGGAUGCCGCGUAA